AUGGCUACUUCCCUAGUAGGGCAGAAAGCUCCUGAUUUUACGUGUGAGGCUGUAUUGCCUAAUGGGGAAUUUGAUACAAUUUCUCUUAGCCGUUUUGCUGGUAAGAAAUAUGUAUUAUUAUUCUUUUAUCCUUUUGAUUUUACCUUUGUUUGCCCAUCAGAGAUUGUUGCAUUCAGUAAGGCAGUAGCAGACUUCGAGGCAAGAGAUGUUCAGGUCUUAGGCUGUUCUAUUGACUCAAAAUUCACACAUCAUGCAUGGAGGCAACAAGAUCUUAAGGAUGGAGGUAUUGGACCUGUUAAGAUUCCUCUUCUUGCUGACGUCAAGAAAGAACUUGCAUCAGCUUAUGGUGUACUCCUUCCUGAUGGUAUGGCUCUAAGAGGACUCUUCCUUAUUGAUAAGAACGGUAUCGUUCAGCAUGCUCUUAUCAACAGUCUUGCAAUUGGACGAUCUGUACCAGAAGCUCUACGUGUCGUUGAUGCACUACAACACCACGAAAAGUACGGAGACGUAUGCCCUGCCAACUGGCAAAAGGGAGAAAAAGCCAUGAAACCAUCCGCAAAGGGAGUUGCUGAGUAUCUCGGCUCCCUGCAGUGA